AUGCCCGUGAAGUACCAGAACCAAACGACGGCAUUCAUCCUCGGCGGUAACAAUGUUCGCAUCAACGGCCAUGGUUCGGGCACUUUCGAUGGUAAUGCUAAUAAAUCCAACUACCCGGGUCGACCCCAUGCCCUAACUCUCAAUGGAUCGACCAACUCGGUUAUCAAGAGAAUAAGUUUCAUUCGCAGCAAGAUGUGGACGCUCUCAGUCAUCUACUCACAUAAAGUCGAACUGGACAGUAUAUUCGUCAAUAAUACAGGAAAUCGCGCCCAGAGCUGUGAGUUACACUGGCAAUCCUUCCGAUCGUCGCACAUCAAGUUCAACAACUGGACCGUUUACAACGGCGACGACAGAGUUUCUCUGAAAGCCGAUAGCACCGAUAUCAGCAUCACGAAUUGCGAAUUUUAUAAUGGUCUUGGCAUAGCGAUCGGGAGCAUUGGGAAGUACACUGACCAGUUCGAGACGAUUGAGCGCCUGACGGUUGAGAACAUCUCGUACCACACCACAAGACCUUGCACGCGCUCUACUUUAAGACUUGGACGGACGACCAGAACGGUUACCCGCCAAACGGAGGAGGUGGUGGUCUUGGGUGCAAAUGCUUCCAAUAUGACAUUCCAAAACCUCACCAGCGACAACAUCCAUGGUGGUGCCUUGACUAUUUCACAAUGCACUCGGUUCAGUGGGGCUCCUGGCGAGGGUAAUGCAAGUAGAGCCCAUGUGAUGUUCCAGAUCAUCGACAUCAAAAUCAAUGGCUUGGAGGGCAUAACUCAAUCAAGCAACGUUGCCAGUCUACAAUGUAGUGCUGUCGCUCCGUGCAUCGAUAUUGGUGUGUAUGACGUGGACCUACGGUUUGCGAACGGUACCGAGGCUACGGGGUAUUUGUGCGGCAAUUUUAAUGAUGUAGAGGAUUUUGAGUGCACAGAAGAGCCUCGCAUAGGCGGCAGUGCUAUUGGUGUUGAGCACUGCAGUUCUUUCGAUUAUUGUUGUCCCAAAAUAGCUUGGUAUGCUUGUUAG